GGUAACAGAGGACCGUGAAACGACCGGAAGGCUGGGCGACGGCCGUGAUUCAGUUCAUAAACAGACCGCCCGCGAUUAGAGGGCGAUGUGGUAGGGCAGCGCGACACAUAGGAGCGCCGCCAGUGUCGAGACGCCGGUCCGUCUGCGAGGAGCCGCCGGACCCACCCGAACUCACGAUCACCGGGGAGAGUGAGGGGAGAAACGAGUGGUGUUACUGACACAGAGAAAUGGCGAUACAAAUCGGUCACGUUAUAUUCUUCUUUUUGCUGCUGAGCUGGGUGGACGGCCACGGUCGGCUUCUGCGGCCCCCUGCCCGCUCAUCCCUCUGGAGGUUCGGCUACAAGUCGCCGAUCAACUACGACGACAACCAGCUCUACUGCGGCGGCAGAGAUCACCAAAUAUCGCUGGGCGGACGCUGCGGCAUCUGUGGCGACCCUUACGAUGAGCCUGUACCGCGGACUAACGAGAUCGGCGGGCCGGUGUACCGCGGGUACAUCACCGAGCGGUACCUCGAACAACAGGUUAUAGAGGUCGAUGUACACAUCACGGCCAACCACAAGGGCUUCAUCCAGUUCAAGAUCUGUUCGGUACCAGGCUUCGACACAGAAGCGACCCAGGAAUGCCUAGACCGCCACGUGCUAACGGUGGCCGACUCGGAGGUGACCGAGAUACCGAUCCACCCCCGGGACCGGCGUGUGAAGGUGUGGCUCCAGCUGCCGGCCGGCCUCACAUGCCAGCACUGCGUCUUCCAGUGGCGCUACCACGCCGGAAACAGCUGGGGUCAGUGCGUGAACGGCUCGUACGCGGUCGGCUGCGGCCCCCAGGAGGAGUUCUACGGCUGCUCGGACGUCGCCGUCGGUGACGACGUUGGUCCGUCGGACUACCGUCCGACUGUGCCGGAGGUUCCGAAUGAGGUGGACGAGGCGAGAAAGGCCCGGCCGAGCCCUGCAGCGGCUCCGGUCCCGAUUCCAGCACGCCCGGCGGCUCGUCCGGCCCGCCCGACCCGACCUGUCCAGCCGAAGGUCCGCCCGGCUCGUCCAGAGGUCCGCCCGGCUCGUCCAGAGGUCCGCCCAGCUCGUCCAGAGGUCCGCCCAGCUCGUCCGGAGGUCCGCCCAGCUCGUCCGGAGGUCCGCCCAGCUCGUCCGGAGGUCCGCCCGAUCAGGCCGAGGAUCCGCCCUGCCCGUCCGACCUCUCCGGCGACUUCAGCACCGACCACUGAAGUUGAGCCUGCCGCGCGCGUCUGUGUCAGCGUGGGUGCCAUGUCGAGGGUACCCGGUAUGGACGCCUGGUGUCAGCUCAACUGCAACCACUCUCCUCGCUACUGCCCUCCAGAGAUCUGCAGAUGCUGAGCGGCGCACUAACGAAAUUCCGGAGAUCUGUGGCCUGCCGAGUGCCAAGGCUUUCCUAGCAUCUGCAGUUGUUGAGGGCGGCUGCCUCUCAGAGAUCUGCAGUCGUUGAGGGAUGUCUUCCUAAGAGCUACAGUUGCUGAAAUCGGGAGCCCCAGUCUACUUUCUUCUUGAGAUCAGCAGCUGCUGAGGUCCCGUAGACUAUCGUCGAUUGUCAUUGAUCGUGCUUUGAUGAACAGCUUUGGGCAUGUGAUGGGCAUCAGGUUACUGGGUAUCGCAACACCUUGGCAUGUGAAGUUCCAAAAGUGGAACGAUUCAGGGAUGCUCCAGCGUUCAGUAUUAAUACAGCACUCAGGAGAGAAACAAGCCACAGUUCCGUGUGAAUUCAUAUAGCAUUGCUGCAGCGAUUCAGUAUGACAUGACAAGGAAACGAAGAUGAUCAAGUGACCUGAACAUUGCAAAUGACCAUUCAUUCACAUUUGUUCUUUGACAUGUGACCUUCCGGGACAAGGUCCACCGACAAGAUGCCAGC